UCGCGUUGCAUUGCUUGUAUUCGUUGGGUCAUGACUGCUCGAUCCGUUGACAUGAUUUUUCGAACGCGAAGACCGCGCAGCCGCUAUCUAGGCCCACCCUAGUUCUGCCCUUGCUCACGAACCAUUGGUCCAUCACGUUACCUUCAAUACAAUAUGGAAGCUCGUGUCCCAAACCUUGGGUCCUUUUCCUCGAACGAAGGACACCUCACCGUAACAGGUCUUGAUCUGAGCAGCAUCCCGCCCAUUGGCACUCUCAGUGCGCACUUCAAGGGCGACGAGGAAGACAAGGUCAAAGCAACGUUGCGCCGUCACGGUGCGCAGCUGACCGCUGAUGUCUCGAAGGUUAAAAUUCUUAUUGGCAAGGUCGGUGCGCGGCGGAGGGCAGAGUUUGAAUUGCGGUCUCGAAAGUUUGAGGUAGAGGAGGUGAAGAUCGCGGUUGAGAAGAAGCGGUCGGCGAGCCCCGAGCAGCAAAACACUCCACGGAAAAGAGCAAGAGUCUCGUGUGCAACAAGCAAGCCUAUUAUUAUUCACAAUGAAGGGUCGACUACAGAAGAGGAGGCUGGGGAAGGCUCUGAGACUGAGGACGAAGGGCCAGCGAGGACCCGAGAUACCCCAAUGACUUCGCCAGUGAUACCGGAUGAGCAUCCCGCUGCAUUGCCUCCCAUCUUCAACAACGUGUCCAGCGAUGACACCCUUUGGGUGAUCAAAGUAGAUUGGCUUGACGAAUGUCUUUCCGCAGGCCGCCUGGUUCCGCUCGGAGCGAAUUUAGUCUACAUGUGCAAGAUCAAGAAGCGCCCCCCAGCACCGCUGGACACGGGCUACACCUCCAUCAAAGCCAACUUCACGGGCCCUCCCAAAUCGACGUCUCAGACCCACUUGGUAACGCGUCGACGGGCAGCUCCGCACAUUCUAGACCGAGCAAAGGAAGAUGCUACAACCACAACGCCGAAACGACGCUACAACCACCAGAACAACGACGGCCACGGCUCCCGCAGAUUCGAAGGCAAAUCAUACGCCUCUAGCGCGACCAAACCCACGUUCGCCAACCGGACCGCACAACUCCUCCAGCAAACAACAAGCGACUACGAAAGCGAGGACAGCGACCUCCCCCCGCCUCCGGACUGGGUCGUUAACGGCGUUAAGUACGCCUGCCAGCGCUUCACCCCAGCCAACCCACCCAACCAAGACUUCAUCGAGCAGCUCAAGAAGAUCCGCACUGCACGCACCCUUAUCGACGACGCCAUCGGCGUCCGCGCCUACUCCUCCAUCAUCGCCUCCAUCGCCGCAUACCCCCAUAAACUGCGGCAUCCGCGUGAGCUUGCCCGCCUCCCGAGUUGCGACGAAAAGACGGCCGCGCUCUUUGUCGAGUGGAAGAACACGGGGAAAAUCCAGGCCGUCGAAGACUACGAGAACGACGAAGCCAUGAAAGUCCUGCGCGCCUUCUACGACAUCUGGGGCGUGGGCGCAAAGACAGCACGCAAUUUCUACUAUAACAAGGGCUGGCUCGAUCUCGACGACAUCAUCGAGUACGGCUGGAAUGAGCUUGACCGCGUCCAGCAGAUCGGCGUAAAGUUCUACGACGAGUUCCUAUCCGGCAUCCCCCGCGCCGAAGUCGAGUCCAUCGCAUCCGUCGUCCGGCAACACGCCGUCCGCCUGCGCGACUCCCGCAUCAGCGUCACCAUCGUCGGCGGCUACCGCCGCGGCAAACCCGCCUCCGGCGACGUCGACAUGAUCGUGUCCCACCCGGACCUCGCUGCCACCGCCCACCUCGUCCGCGACAUCGUCACCUCCCUCGAGACCGACGAGUGGAUCACGCACACGCUCACGCUGAGUCUGCACAACACGUCCCGCGGGCAGACCACGCUGCCCUUCCGCGCAACCAAGACGUCCGCAGGCGCCGGCUUCGACACCCUCGACAAGGCCCUCGUCGUCUGGCAGGACCCCGUCUGGCCAACGCGCGCCGCCGACCUCGCCACCAACCCCCGCGCAAAGAACCCAAACAUCCACCGCAGAGUCGACAUCAUCGUCGCGCCGUGGCGCACGGUUGGGUGCGCGGUGAUGGGCUGGAGCGGGGGAACGACGUUCCAGCGGGACCUACGGCGGUACGCGAAGUACAAGCGGGGGUGGAAGUUCGACAGCAGUGGAGUGCGGAGUCGGGAGACGGGCGAGGUGGUGAUGUUGGAGGGGGAAGAGGGGGUGAGUGGGACGGCGGAAGAGGCGGAGCGGAGAGUGUUUGAGGGGCUGGGACUGGAGUGGGUGCCGCCCGAGAUGCGGUGUACGAAUUAAUGCAAGAAUAAUGUCCAGGAUUGGUAGUAGAGUUUCCUCAUUUGUAAUUCCUAUGCUGCGACGAUGUCGAGUGGUUGGAGUUAGCCAGUCACCCAGAGCAUCAACAAAUGGACAACACCGAAAAAUCUCAUUGAGCAGUGUUCAACAAGUCCAUCAAUCGCACACCCUGUGCAAUUUCACAUCGCCAGCCAUCAAGCAAACGCUUUCGUAAUUCAUAAGUCUAUGUACCAGGGGUGUUCCUGAUGCGCUGUCUCCCGACACCCAUUCGCCAUCCAUCUACUCGCUCAAAACUUCACAUCCCA